UAUUUUGAUCUUAACAGUUCGAUCAGCUAUUUAUAUUAUUUGUAUUCUGCAGUAAUUCCUUAUUGCACGAUUUGAUCAGCUGUUAGACAAGUGAAAGCCGUGGCUAACAGACGUCAAAUUUGUUGAAUGGCUAGCUACUGUUAGCUAAGCUAGCCAGCUUGACCACAUCGGGAGUCAGUUGACUUCCAACUAGCUGGCCAGUUAGCUGGCAACUGUUACAAUCCAUUAGCUAGCUAACUAACGUUAGUUACCGUUUGUUAACAAUGAACAUAAGCUUAUUUUAACUGCUCACUGUAUGAAUAACUAUAUUGCCAUUGCUAACUAGUAACAGACCCAUAUACCUAUGCACAUUUAUUAGAUUCCUGCUAUUGUUUUGCAGGCUAGCCUGCUAGCUAAUGCUAGGAAGUGCAUAGCCCAAUAAUGUAAAGUUACUUACUCAUACUUUGUUAGUGUCACACCUUAUGUUAUUUUCAAAGGUAGACCGGCUCUGACAGCUAAAAACUCCAUCUAAACGUGAAUCGAUUAUCAAUUGCGAUACGGUUCUAGAAACAUAAUGCUCUUUACUUUCAUAUCACAUCAAACCCUUACCAAAAAAUAUUGCCGUUUUGAAAGUGCAGUCAACUGUGGUAUUUUGGAUGCAGUAAUUGAAGUAUAGUGCCGUUAUACUGACUGCAAUCUUUUUCAUAAUGGUAUUUUCACACAUGCAAAAUCUACACUAACUGUGUACACUGUUUUAGCCGGCUUUAUCACAGUUGCAGCCGACAGUAUUUUUCAGCUACAACAAGUUUCUGGCGGCCUUCUUCCGUUUCACACAGGUGUUCGGAGCAUGCAAAAUAGCUAACUAGCAGAGGUGGUCGCCUGCUCCCGCUUGUCUUUCCUUAAACAUGCGCUGUAACAUGGAGAUAUGGCCGUGUGGGAACACUAAUCCCAACCCUAUUAAAGCCUAGGGCAGUCAAUGUUGACCUCCAAACUGAUGCAACACUUCAAGUGGACAUUUCUGAUGCGUUGAGUGAGCGGGACAAGGUUAAGUUUACUGUCCAUACUAAGAGCACUCUUCCUAACUUCAAGCAGAAUGAGUUUUCAGUGGUGAGGCAGCAUGAGGAGUUCAUCUGGCUCCAUGACUCUUUCGUGGAGAAUGAGGAGUAUGCAGGCUACAUUAUUCCCCCUGCCCCACCAAGACCUGACUUCGAUGCCUCCAGAGAGAAGUUACAGAAACUGGGGGAAGGUGAAGGUUCCAUGACCAAGGAAGAGUUCACCAAAAUGAAACAGGAACUUGAAGCCGAAUACUUGGCUAUCUUCAAGAAGACCGUGGCGAUGCAUGAAGUGUUUCUUUGCCGUGUGGCUGCCCAUCCUGUCUUAAGGAAAGACAUGAACUUCCAUGUCUUUUUAGAGUACAACCAAGACCUGAGUGUCCGAGGCAAAAACAAGCGGGAGAAGAUGGAAGAUUUCUUCAAGAAUGUGGUGAAGUCAGCAGACGGCGUGUUAGUGGCAGGGGUGAAGGAUGUAGAUGAUUUCUUUGAGCAUGAGAAGACAUUCCUUUUAGAGUACCAUAAUCGUGUCAAAGAUGCCUCCUCCAAAUCUGAUAGAAUGAUCAGGUCUCACAAAAAUGCUGCAGAUGAUAUCAAUAGAAUCGCCUCCACACUGUACACUUUAGGAACCCAGGACUCCACAGAUGUGUGCAAAUUUUUCUUGAAAGUCUCUGAGCUGUUUGAGAAAACACGGAAAAUAGAGGCUCGAGUGGCUGCAGAUGAGGACCUGAAACUUGCCGACUUACUGAAGUAUUAUCUCAGGGAGUCACAAGCUGCUAAGGAUCUAUUGUAUAGACGAGGGAGGGCCCUGGUAGAUUACGAGAAUGCAAACAAAGCUCUGGACAAAGCCAGGGCAAAGAACAAAGAUGUGCUUCAGGCAGAGACCAGCCAGCAGGUGUGCUGUCAGAAGUUUGAGAAAAUCUCAGAGUCCGCAAAGCAAGAGCUUAUAGACUUCAAGACGAGACGAGUAGCAGCCUUCAGAAAGAACUUGGUGGAACUUGCCGAACUGGAACUCAAACAUGCUAAGGGUAAUUUACAAUUAUUGCAAAGCUGUGUCGGGGUCCUCAAAGGAGACACUUAGGUCUUUACUGAAGGUUCACUGUACAGAGCUUUCCCCGCUUUGGUCUGGUCUUCACUGAGAAGAUGGAAGAGAGAGCAUAUCUGGGGUCCGUUUGUUUUCAGGAUGUCUGUUCGUAGUCAUCACCAGAGACACCGAACUCCACCCACAACCCCCCCUAAAACGUGAGGAAGCCGCAGUGGAAUACCUGCAAUAUCCACACAGCACAAGAACCUACAACUUUGUUAAAUCACUUUUUCAUUGUUAACAGCAAUCAUAAUUUUCCAUGGGAAUCUUCUCCCAAUCUAUAUCACGUCAUGUCUGUCCAGAUUGAUAAUUUGUUAUUAUUUUGCUUAGUGUAAUCUUUGAGGCCAAUAGUUUCAGUAAAACUUUUUUCUGUGAUGCUGCUCAGUUACUUUUUCCAUUCUUACUAUUAUUGAAGUGUAUUGUCACUAAAAGCCUUGUACAUGUUGUAUUUGUUCUCACUGUACUGCUAAUGAUUGUUUAAAUUUGUACUAAUACUUUUGUUUUUCAGUCAUUUCAUAGUUAUGUUCUAUGUUCUUUUUUCCAUUACAGACAAGUAAUGCUUCAGUAUGUUUGCCUUAAUGUAGAGUAAGCCUAUCAAGUAUUGUUAAAAAAUAAAAAAUAAAAAUAAAAAAUUGAUACGUUUUUUGUUUUUCCCCAGGUUUUUUUUAAGUGCACUGUAUAUGAAUGUUUUUUUCCUUCUGUGACCAAAGCUUCCAUUUAUUUAGAUGGAGAAAUGCUGAAACAAAUGGUUGUAUUGAUAAUGAUGAUUAAAAUGAUUACGAAAAUAUGAAUAAUAAAUGAUACUGUUUACCUUAGAA